AUGUACAGCCAAUUAUCCGUAUUCGACAAAGGCUGGGUUCAGCUCUCCAGACUUUCCUCCUUCCUUUUUCUUCCGUCGUCCUCGCGAUCACGAGCUGGACGGACAGGUCGUCAUCUCUGGAAAGCAGUCGGCGCCGACAGUGUCUGCCGCGAUGGAUUGUGGCAGCUGGACAAGUCCACAGCGGGACCGAGGAUCCUCGACGGACAUUGA